AUGUCUUGGUCAGAACGUGCUAUGAAAUGUGCAGGGAGGUGGAACUUAUUUACCUCGAACGAAUCACAUUGUUGUUCCACAUGCAUUCCUCACUAUAAUAAUCAAUCUUUUGUUUCAUUUUCCUGCCGCUCCCCUAGCGUUUCAGAUACCGUCCUCAGAAUUAUUCGUAAUGAAGGUAUUUUAUCUCUUUGGAGUGGACUCUCCCCAACACUUGUUAUGACACUUCCUCAAACUGUUAUCUACUUCACUGUCAAUGAUUGGCUGAAAUAUCGUGUUGGAUAUACUUCUAAGACUGUCAACAAAUCACAAGUAAUGACAAGUGGAUCUUUCCAAAACUUCAUCUCCCCUAAAGAUUUCCUCCCUCCAUUAGUUGGAGGUGUGUCUCGAAUUUUCGCGGUAAUGGCUGUAUCACCAAUAGAAUUGUUACGUACAAAAAUCCAAGCUAGGAAAGUACUCUACCGAGAUAUAACAUCGUUAGUUGUUACAACAGUGAAACAGGAUGGUCUGAAAAGUUUGUGGUUAGGUGCUGGACCAACUCUGUUACGUGAUGUUCCUUAUUCUAUGGUAUUUUGGUUAACUUACGACUAUAUGAAAUCUGGGUUUAUAAAUAAACAGAUAAGAACGCAUUUGUUGUCGAAUAGUGAAUUGCCUGCUACAUUUGACAGAAUUCACUUUUCGCAUGCAUUUGGUUUUGGAGCAGCUGCUGGUUUUAUUUCUGGCGUAUUAACACAUCCAUUCGAUGUGAUUAAAACUCACAGACAAGUAGAUUUCGGAAAGUAUUCGGUUUCAUUUAAUCAUCUUCACCCAACAUCAACGUGGACAUUACUGCAUAAUUUGUAUAUUAAAAAUGGUCUUCCUGCCUUGUUUUCUGGUUUCACACCUAGAAUAAUUAAAACAACCGGCGCUUCUGCAAUAAUGAUUGCCGUCUUUGAAAGUUUAAAAGAAAAAGUUGUAAAUAUCGGAACAAGGUUGUAGAUCACUGAUGACGAAACAUUUCGUUUGGAUUACAACGUCGAUAUGUUCGUGCACUAGGCUAAUAUUUCACAACUCCAACUUAAAUGCAAUGAAUGAAACUACUUCUUUACUGUUUAGCUAACUAGAGUGAGAAGUGCAGUCUGUGUAUAGAUGUUUUGUUGAUCAAGACCCCAGAACAAUAAAAUUAAUGAAAUAUAUAUCGACGAAAAUUACUUUACAGAAUUUCAUGAAAUUUGGUAACUGCCUCUAAACACAAGUCGUAAUGAAAAAAAUGCAUUAAGAGCUGAACUCAAACUCACCUUGAGUCAGUAUUUCGGAAUGGUGCACCAACAACAAAUGUUGCGUUAUGGACGUGAAUACACUCGAUCUACUACCGCUCAUAAAUAAACCGCGCUUAAUAAAUCACUUUUUACCUUCAACUGACCGCUUACAACUCACCAGUUCAUAGCUUUAUUGGUGUUCUUACAGACUGAUCUCUUGAUCUUUUAGAAGUAAAGGUGAAGUUAUUCUACUUAGAAUUAUUUAUCUAGACUUAAAAGUUGUGAAGAUUUGAACUCUUUCAACACAUCAUUUUAGAAUACGCACGAAACUACUUGUUUUACCAAUUAGUUUUAACAUCAACUUUUGAUGUAUUUUACGUGUGUGAUCAAAAUAGCCUAACCAUUUAUCUCAUUUAACUUUGUUUGACCCACCACACAUUUUUCUGUUGAGUCCCUGUUCAUAACGUUCAUAUUUCUAAACCGAACUUGAUUAAUUUCUGAGUGAACUUUAUAUAAAUAAUCUAAAUAGUAAAAACUGAAAAUACAUUUGAAUAAAGAAACCUAAUUACCAAGUAGAUAAAGUGUUACAUGAUAAUUACCAUCUGGAAAUUAUCUUAUAGCUUUUAUUCCACAAAUCCAUUCUUUUUCUCAAAC